UACAUCGCAUUCAUUUACUCCACCAGUGCUUCACGACCAGACUUGUCAAGCACCGGUUUCCAUUGUUGCUAUCACUCAGACUACAUCUCGCAGGCCAUCUCUGCAAAUCUCAAGAUGUCGUUCGAAACACAAUCCACCAUCCACAGCUUCGGAGGCAAGCUGCUGAAGUUGGCACACGAGUCCAAAGUUCUGGGCUGCCAGAUGAAGCUGAACCUCUAUCUGCCUCCCACGGCCAGUGCCUCCCAAGCGGCACCAGUCCUGUUCUACUUGGCCGGUCUAACCUGCACCGGCGACAAUGGCGCCGAGAAGGGGUUCCUCCAACACAAGGCUUCGCAGAAGGGCAUUGCUGUGGUCUAUCCCGAUACGAGUCCGCGUGGGCUGGGGAUUGCAGGUGAAGACGAGAGCUAUGAUUUCGGCAGUGGCGCAGGUUUCUACGUCGAUGCCACCAAGGAGCCCUAUAGCAAGGGCUACAAGAUGUACAGCUACAUCACAAGCGAGCUUCCGGAGGCGCUCUUUGCCCAUUUCAAGGAGCUCGACGGCUCGCGCGUGUCCAUCACUGGCCACAGCAUGGGCGGUCAUGGCGCGCUCACUUUGUUCCUCAAGAACCCAGGCAAAUACAAGUCCGUCUCAGCUUUUGCUCCAAUCGCGAACCCUUCGCAAUGCCCCUGGGGAGAGAAAGCCUUUGGCGGAUACUUCGGCCAAGAGGACAAGGCCGCAUGGAAGGAGCACGACGCCACUGAGCUCAUCGCCAAGUUCCCGAACGCGACGGACAUCCUCAUCGAUGUGGGUACUGGAGACAACUUCUACAACCAGAAGCAGCUGUUGCCAGAGAAUUUCGAGAAGGCUGCGAAGGCGGCAGGGAAGUCCAUUACGGUGCGGUUCCAAGAUGGAUACGAUCACAGCUACUUCUUCAUAAGUACAUUUGCUGAUGAUCAUGUGGAGCAUGCUGCCAAAUAUCUGCUGGCGUAGGGGAUGUGUCGUGCUGGAGAGGCAUGGCCGUGAAGCAGUCGCCGAGUCCAAAGGGCUGCUUUUUAGAUCAAGAAAGGAUCAUGAAUGCGCAUAAAUGAAACCCCAGCGGAGUGCAGCAUUUGCAGACGACGGUGCAAUUGGA